GUACGAAUACGUGCUGUAUUCUUGUUCUCGUAUGCUCGCCAGAAAUCUUUGGGGCUUGGCCGGUGUCCUAGAUGCGCUUCCUCUUCACGCACACAUACGGGCGUGGUAUCUGGGAUUGUGGUCCAUUGGAUCGUCCUCCGUAUCAUUCGGAAGCACGCAGCCAUAGUCCGCACACUGAUCAGCUCUUCGAGCCUCCAUUACUUCUAUCUUUCUGUGUUUUGAGCCUUUGUCUCAUUCAGGCUCUUCUCUCCUCCCUCGCAACCCCGGCGCGGUCGUUGUCGACUCUUCAGGUAUGUCUUGUUGCAUUGCUAUUGCUGGAGCCGCAGUCAUAGUACUCGAGCGCUGCAAUUUCGACAUUCUUUAUUUCCCAGCGGGAGAUCCUCCAAGCCAUGCCCUCCC